AAUAAAUAAUGGUAUCAUAUAAAAAUGCAAUAUUGUCCCCACCACUUAUUGUCUGUUGGGGGUGGUGAGUUUUUGUUUCAUUAAUCAACAUUUUCCUACCAAUUCAUGUUGUCCUAAUCUUAUUUCUAAUUUGGAAUGUGAUGUCAAAUCAAGAAUUACAAAUUGGCGAUUUAUUUGUAUAAAAAACAGGAUCUUGAUAAUCAAGUAAGAAAUUUAAAGGAUUCUUCCAAUGCAAACCGUUUCAUUAUUCAAUAUUGUUUUAUGUGUGAUAAAGAUUGCAUCUUUACGUUUUAAGUAGAAUUGGAAAAAGUGUUUUUCACUAUGAAACGAGACGAGAAUUGUAGAUAAAAGAGAAUUUUGAUGUUUAGAAAUAAAUAAAUACUAGUAUAAGAAAAUAACAAAACUAUAAUGAUCAAGUCACGUUGCAGGUGACAAGUGGCUUUCUUCUGUUAUAUAAUGGAUAGAGAGAGAGAGAAGCGGUCUAUUGAUUUUGUGAAAGUAGGGGCUGCUAUAACUGCAUAGGGUUUGUUCUUGUGACUUUUGCUUUUCACUUCACUCUGCUAGCUGAGUUCCAACUCCCACUUCCACAAAAAUCUCAACUUCAGCCACAAUGCAAGGAGGAAUUCACGCAAUCUUGUCAAACGGUAAUGUGCUCAAGAACGCUGUCCUGCAGCAUGUGCGCGUCGUCCCUCCAGCGAUGCGGGCCCUCAUGUACUCGCGCCACGAGUCGACCUCAGCUGCCCGCAUUGAGGAGCACGGCUUCGAAAGCACCAAGAUCGCGGAUGUUCUGACCGCCAAGGGGAAGGGCGCUGACGGAUCCUGGCUCUGGUGCACCACUGAUGAUUCUGUGUACGAUGCUGUGAAGUCGAUGACUCAGCACAAUGUGGGAGCUCUGGUCGUUGUUAAACCGGGGGAACAGAAGUCAAUUGCCGGGAUUAUUACAGAAAGAGAUUAUCUCCGGAAAAUCAUAGUCCAGGGAAGGUCAUCCAAGUCGACAAAAGUCGGGGACAUCAUGACCGAAGAGAAUAAGCUGAUCACAGUAACCCCAGACACUAAAGUUCUCAAGGCAAUGCAGCUGAUGACAGAUAAUCGAAUCAGGCACAUUCCGGUGGUGAACGACGGUGGGAUGAUUGGGAUGGUGUCCAUCGGGGAUGUGGUGCGUGCGGUAGUGAGCGAGCAUCGUGAGGAGCUGAACCGCUUGAACGCUUACAUACAGGGAGGAUACUAAGGCCAGCGACGACGACGAAAAGGGAUGAGAUUUCACUUGCUGUUUGAGGAGAAGGGGCCGGAGCACUGUAAUUAAUCUGCUGCUGCUUUUAUGCAUCUUGUGGAAUGUGUUGGAGACGUUGAUGUGAAAAUUUAUCUGAGUAAUAAUAUGCAGAAACUACUUGCUGCUC